UUUAAUAUCAUUUGCUCAUAUUUUAGCGACAGCAAUGGGUACUUCAAUGCAUGAAAGUAUUGAAUCUGUGGCGAGUAAAUACUCGAGAGCAAUUGAAGAAGUCGGAAAGGCCAUUAUUGAGAGGAUGUGUAGAAUUUGGCUACAUGUAGAUUACAUUUAUAAAUGGUCGAAUAUUUUUAAAGCGCAAGAGGCUGCGCUUAAAGAUUUGCACACGUUUACUACGAGUAUCAUCAAUGAGAGACGAACAUAUUUACAAGAGAAUGGUAUAGAGACAUUCGAAGACGAAGAAAGCAACGGAAAAAAAGGAAGAUUGGCCAUGUUGGAUUUGCUUCUAGAGAAAGAAAAAGUGGGAGAUAUUGACGUCGACGGUAUCAGAGAAGAAGUCGAUACAUUUAUGUUUGAGGGUCAUGAUACAACAGCGCAGGCGUUAACUUUCUUAAUAAUGACCAUCGCCAACGAACCGAGAGUACAAGAGAAGAUUUAUGAAGAACUGCGAAAUAUAUUUAAGGGCAACCAAAAUACGCCAACAACAGAUGAAUUAAACGAGAUGAAGUAUCUAGAAUGCUGUAUAAAGGAAUCUUUAAGAUUAUAUCCCAGUGUGCCCAUUAUACUUAGAUAUUUAACUGAAGAAAUUACUAUAGGAGGUUACAUUAUACCUCGAAAUACCCAUAUUCAUAUUUCUAUAUACGACUUGCAUCGUCGUGCGGAUCUGUACCCAGAGCCGGAGCGCUUUAUUCCAGAAAGAUUUCUCCCUGAAGCAUGCGCUAAGCGACACCCGUAUGCGUAUAUACCUUUCAGCGCUGGACCUAGAAACUGUAUUGGUCAAAAAUUCGUUAUGCUGGAGAUGAAGACUUUGGUAUCAUCUUUGCUCCGGAAAUAUCGUCUGGAGGCGGUGACUAAGCCCAGCGAUCUUAAAUUUAGAACUGACAUUCUAUUACGAACCAAUAAUGAAUCGAUCUAUGUUAAUUUUUUUAACCGAUGUUAAUUGAUACAUUAUGUCCAGAACUUUUAACGUAUUGACUUAGUUUUAACGCCGAUUUUAUUAAUAAAAAUCUAAUAUCGAAUAAAUAAUCAAAAUAAAUAAUUUAAUAAAAAAUCUGAAUUUAAUUAUGAAUUAUUGUAUAAAAAAAAAAUUGACAUAACAUUAGAGAAAUAAAAAUAUUUCCUUAUUCCUGUAUUCUUCAGUGCCAGUAACAUUGCUUAGUAUUUUAUGUUAGAAUGCAGUAUAUAUUUGAAGAUGUAAAUGCACAAAUACACGACAGGAACCGUGCAGUUAUUUCGCUAUAAGAAGCAUUAUUUACGUUAACAUUCAACAUAUCCUC